GUAAUUACUCUGCUUCAAUGGGUUAAGCCAUGAGCCUCUAACCCGUGACGGUCAUGAGGGUUUUCUGCCCCUCUCUGCUCUCCGGCAUACUGAGGGAAGAUAUUUGAGGAGUGUAACACAGAGCUUCAAGACCAAGUCUGUCUGAGAAGGAAUCCCAACCAGAGGAACUGCUCUCUGCCAUCUAAUUAUCCAAUUUGGUAAGCUAAUGCUUGAUGCCGCGUAAUUGUACAAACGGGAUGCCUCGUGGAGAAUUCAACAUUUAUUUUGCCAGCAGCAGACGAGGAUACGUCAGAGCUGAGGAGGCAGUGGGUAUAGUUCUGCUGGUGGUCAUCCUGGCAGCUCUCCUCAUCCUGGGAUGCUGGUACUUCAAGAAGAGGAGUGGCUACAAAAUAAUCAGGAGCCCUAGAUCGGGGUCACCAGGUCACACAGGAGGCCAGUACUCAGAGGCAGGAUCUUCCGCAGAUAACAAGAUGGCUCUAACUGACUUCGGCAGCUUUCGACCUCCGGUUCCAAAUGCUCCUCCAGCCUAUGAAAAAAUUUCCUCAGGGCCGCUGCCUCCGCCCUAUUCCCCCUAAAGCACUUCUGUAGUAGAUGGACAGUUGUCUGAAGACAAAAGGAAGACACUGGAAAACAACCUCUAAACUUCUUCUAAUGUCACUGUCAAUAUGGUUCCUUAUGUUUCGUAGCUAAACAAAACCAAUAGGUAAAACUAUUCUAUCCCUCACUUUAUAAAAUUAGUCACAUUAACGAACACAAUGUAUAUACUGUGGUUGUUUCAAUAAAAAAAAAAAAAAUCUUU